AUGGUUUCAACACUCUACACCCCAAUCAAUCCGCGCAAGUUGAGGUACACCAGAGGGGCGAUGGAAGCCUUGAAGUCAAUAAAUCUUGGCCUUGAUCACCACAAAUGCCAAAAUUGUGAUGAAAACAACAAAUUUGACGCCGAUGCCCACCACAAACAUCACAGUGAUAUGCAUGCCGCUGAGAUUUGGAAUAUCAUCACACACGAGAGAAAGACUUCAUUGAGAAUGGACAAUGGAGCUGGCCGAGAUACUGGUGGUGACUAUCCAUUGACAUCGAAUCUGACAGCCUGGGCCAAGAAGGCUAUGAUUAACUUUCGGCCAGGAUACGAUGUGUGCAAGAUGGUAACGCCAUUCUCAGCACAGUUUCACGCCGUGGUUGAGAAAGAGCGGAAACGUAGUUCCGGUCUGCAUAACCUUGACUUGAUCGAGUUCACAUAUCAGAUUGCUCUCUACGUUGGAGCUGCAAUUCUGCUAGCAGCAGACACAACUGCAGAUCCUAUAAAGGAACGGGCAGCAUUCCAUUCUUCGCGUGCUGGUGCUGAUGAGCACUUGGCAAUAUGGUGUCGAUUGUUGACCGGCUUGGACUGCGAUCCCCCGAUCAUCGCUAUGUUUCCCAUCUAUCUAAUGAUGUGCCAGGCGUUUACGUUUGAGCCUCACUCAACUCAGGCAGACUAUGUCUAUGCUUUGCUUACUGGUGUUGAUUGGGCAAAAGGACGAAGUCUAUACACAGAUAAAAUAACAGCUUUCGAAAAGUCAGUUCGAUCCGCAGUGCCGAAUCUAGAUGAUAUCAAGAGCGGGCAAGACCGUUCCUUUUGGCGUGUUGCUCAUGCAUACUUGGCCGCAAUGAAUGAUUGCGAAAACGUUCACAACUUGAAGACACCCCGGAAAGCAGCUAUAGACCAUGGUAUCGACCAUAACCUAGUAAUAGUCGCACGUGCCCUAGAUACGAUUGGGACCGCAUAUGAGUGCAGUGACGGGACAGCAUGGCUAGAUGACGUUGGCAUCGAUUCAUUAAUUGGAUCUGCUAUACCGAACGAUGUUAUGGAUCUGCAUACUGAUAUCCUAACGGGAGAGACUCGAAAUACGGUCCGUCUGUUGUACCCCGAAGGUCUCUCGAUGGCUCAGGCAAUGAAAUCCAUGUCGACGGUACUCUCAGGAGAAUGGUGCCAGCUCUUUCGUAGCCACCAACAAGCCCGUUUUAACAAUCGAGAAGACGGGCGAAUUGCAGCAGCCUCACCACCGUACAGUUUUUGCAGGGCACGCAAUCGCCGUGUAUUUGAGGUUCUGGAAAUGUAUGUCAACAAAUAUGCAGAUAAAUUCUGGGACUGGACAUGGGAGAUUUACCGCAUGGCGAGGGAGCAAGUCACCGAGGCCGGACUCGAAGAGCCUCUCGUUUGUGCAUUAGUCCGAUCUAUAAAGCAAGAGGAUUUGCCAUCAAGUCAAAGCAGUAAAAGCAUACAAUUUUUUGACGUUUACUACGAUAUGAUCGAAGAUGGAUCCGUACAGCUGAAGGCCAAGCAGCCAUUUGGUGUGAGCGAAGAUCUUGCGCAACUGGUCCGCGAUAUCCACCGUCUUUGGCAUGUCGAACUGCUAAGUGAUAGUAGAGAGCCCGGCUGGGGUCGUCGUUUCGACGCCGAAUCAGAUAGACUCUUCGGCGAAGCUGGUACGAUUCUUGAAAGCAAUGGGAAUACGGAUGACAUCUAUAAGUUUGCGAUUGCCUUUGGCCGAUUGAGUAUGGGCCUGCCAUAUAUCGCACAUCAUACAGUGGAUGCCAUUAUUAUGUCUUUUGGGGCUAUUUGA